CGUGGCAGCGGGCUCAACAUAAAGCCCGAAACAGACGCCGAAAGAUUCGGCCGCGGUCCAUGCAAGGGACGCCGAACUCUGUCUUGCUGGCCGCGCCAAGCGCAUCGGCGGCGUCGAACGCCAAGGCCAUUGGCCUCUUCAGCAAGAUCACGGCGCGGCGCCUGUCUGGUGGGUCGCCCGCGGCCACGACCAAGCCCCACGCGGCACCCAGCGUCGUCGCACGCCUCAACGACAAGGUUGCGCUGGCAGAGACGCACUUUCCCGAUUUUUUCGAGAACGUCAAGCAAGCAAGUACGACCAAGCGCGCCCAAGGCGCGGCCCCGCGAAGUGCCAACGCGAGUGUGCAUCUGGGUGCAGUGCCCAAGUGGAGCACCAACAACGAACCGUCACAGCAGCCAACGACCGCCCGCGUCCACUCCUCGGUGCGCAAGCUCAACGCGGACAAGAGCACGUCACGAUCCUGGAAAGACGUCAAGGCGACGCCCGAACCAACGCCGAUCAAGCCGCUCGCGGCCAGCCUCCCGGAGCGCCCGUCGACCGCCGGACAGCUUAACUCGAACAACCGCGAGUCCGACCCGUCGCUCUCGUCGCUGAAAGGCUACGUGCGUGCGGCGCACGAGAAGCUCCACCCGUCAGCCUCGACCAUGCCAGGCAAACCGUGCGCCGACUUUGUGCGGCAACCGGCGCCCAAGCAGCUGCGGCCGACGGCGUUCGAAGCCACCAAAUCGCCGUUCAAACAAGACAUGCGACCGUCCUCGUCGCAAGGCCACGCGCUCGUCCCGUCGACCGAGAAGACCGAAUCCACCGAAUCCGAUAUUUGCUUUGCCGAGACGCCCGACAUUCCCGGUGUUCCUGUCGUUUAUCGGAGUCAAAAAGCGCGGCUGAGCGACCCGGAGCGCCUCAACCUCGACCGGCGUUCGCUCAAGGUGAUCCCGCUCCUCGAGGGCGAGCACAUGCUGCGGCUGCUCAACCUCCAAAACAACCUUAUCAGCAGCAUUGACAACCUCCACGGCCUCCCAAGCCUCAUUUUCCUCGACUUGUACAACAACCAGAUCGAGUCGAUCGACCACUUGCAUGUCGUGCCGAAUCUGCGCGUUCUGAUGCUCGGGAAGAACAAACUCAAGCGCAUCCAGCACCUCGACUGCCUCGUCAAGCUCGAUGUGCUCGACCUCCACAGCAACGAGAUUGAGACCAUCAGCGCACUCGACCGCCUCGUCGAGCUACGCGUGCUCAACCUCGCCGGCAACCGAAUCCGUGUCCUUGAAAACAUUGCCGGCUUGUCGCUUCUCACAGAACUCAACUUGCGCCGCAACGCGAUUGCACAGAUCUCACCGCAUCUGGGCAAACUCCCCGCGCUCCAACGCCUCUUCCUUUCCAACAACCGCCUCGAGACGAAGGAGAGCAUCCUCCCACUCUUCCAGCUCACGGCGCUGACCGAGCUCCGGCUCGACGGCAACCUCUUCAACAGCAGUGACAGCGCCGAGUACCGGCCGCUGCUCAUCCAAAAUUUUGUGUCGUUGCGCAACCUCGAUCUCAAAGUCGUGACGGACGACGAGCGGCGCGACGCGUUCAGCAUGACUCAACGGGCCACCGAGAAACGAAGGGAGCAGCAGCGCGAAGAGAACCAAGAGGCGCAGCGUAUCCGUGCCAUCACGGCGGUACGGAAAAAGUGGGAAGAGCGAUUUGACGCUCAAGACGGCGGCAUCGACCCGUGGCAACGACCCGCGUCGUCGUCGGCGUCGUGCUCGAGUCUAGCAAAAGCUCCGGCGCCCGCGAUUCAGAUUGGGUUUUCCGAAGUCGAAGUGUCGGAAGAAGCGCGGACGCUGUAUAUCUAUGGCGACGCGCUCGAAGCGCUCGAGUCGCCCAAGAUCCACAACAUUGUGACCACGAUCGUCUUCAAGUACAUUCCGAUUUCAGUUGUCGUCAGCGCCGUGGCCCAGAGCGGGUACCUUCGCGCGUUUGCAGCACUGCGUCGCAUCGAGCUUGCUUGCAACCAGAUCACGACGCUCGACCAGCUGCAGUGGAUAUCGCACCUCGGGGCGCGCGCCGAGGAGCUCGUCGUCAGUCAAAACCCCGUGAGCCACAUGCGACUGCUCCGGCCGUACGUCGCCCAAACGCUCAAGAACGUUCUGAUCUUGAACGAUCUCAAGCUCACUGCCGACGACCAGCGCGGUGGUGCCCACUUUUUCGAGGCGGCGCCCAUGGCCGAGAAGCCGCGCAAACCGGCGGUCGAUCGAAGUUCCGCCGCGACGCUCGCCGCGUGCCUCCGUGGCAUUGGCAAGCAAGAAAAGCAUCUCAAGCUGCUCAAUGCCGAGUGGGCCACCCUCGUCCACGCCGUCAUCAAGGUACGUUCUUGAAGCCGCCAUUUUCGAUGGCAUUCUCCUAGGAUACGUUGGAAGAGAUUCAAGACAUGGACACGUAUAUGGCCAAGUGCUUGGAGCGCAUGGAGUAGUCCUAUCGUAGUUGGUGUUCUUGUUGAUGUGGUUGUUAGUACUUAGUUGAUGAUGAUAAGCGCGC